CAGUCAGUAGUGCAUCAGCAUGGCACUACAGGCAUGAUGUUACAGGCACAGUGCUACGGGCAUGGUGUUACAGGCACAGUGCUACGGCACGGUGUUACAGGCACAGUGUUACGGGCACGGUGUUACGGGCACGGUGUUACGGGCACGGUGUUACGGGCACGGUGUUACGGGCACGGUGUUACGGGCACGGUGCUACGGGCACGGUGCUACGGGCACGGUGCUACGGGCACGGUGCUACGGGCACGGUGCUACGGGCACGGUGCUACGGGCACGGUGCUACGGGCACGGUGUUACGGGCACGGUGUUACGGGCACGGUGUUACGGGCACGGUGCUACGAGCAGGGUGUUACAGGCACGGUGCUACGGGAACGGUGUUACAGGCACGGUGCUACGGGAACGGUGUUACAGGCACGGUGCUACGGGAACGGUGUUACAGGCACGGUGCUACGGGAACGGUGUUACAGGCACGGUGCUACGGGAACGGUGCUACAGGCACGGUGCUACAGGCACGGUGCUACGGGCACGGUGUUACGGGAACGGUGCUACAGGCACGGUGUUACGGGAACGGUGCUACAGGCACGGUGUUACGGGAACGGUGCUACAGGCACGGUGUUACGGGAACGGUGCUACAGGCACGGUGUUACGGGAACGGUGCUACAGGCACGGUGUUACGGGAACGGUGUUACAGGCACGGUGUUACAGGCACGGUGCUACGGGCACGGUGCUACGGGCACGGUGCUACGGGCACGGUGCUACGGGAACGGUGCUACGGGAACGGUGCUACGGGAACGGUGUUACGGGAACGGUGUUACGGGAACGGUGCUACGGGAACGGUGCUACGGGAACGGUGCUACGGGCACGGUGCUACGGGCACGGUGCUACGGGCACGGUGCUACGGGCACGGUGUUACAGGCACGGUGUUACAGGCACGGUGUUACAGGCACGGUGUUACGGCAUGGUGUUACGGCACGGUGUUACAGGCACGGUGCUACGGCACGGUGUUACAGGCACGGUGCUACAGGCACAGUGCUACAGGCACAGUGCUACAGGCACAGUGCUACAGGCACGGUGUUACAGGCACAGUGCUACAGGCACGGUGUUACAGGCACAGUGCUACAGGCACGGUGUUACAGGCACAGUGCUACAGGCACGGUGUUACAGGCACAGUGCUACGAGCAGGGUGUUACAGGCACAGUGCUACGAGCAGGGUGUUACAGGCACGCUUUUAUAGGUAUAGCGCCACGGAUACAGUGUUACAGGCACACUUUAAUGUGCUAUGCACAUGGCAUUGCAGGUAUAGUGUUACAGGCACAGCAUUAU